AAUACUUAUUGUGAGGCAUCAAAAAUUCCCAACAACGCAAAUACUUACAAUAUAUAAACGCUACAUUGGUGUAGGACCUAGGCUACUGUAGAAAUGUGACCCCAGACGAUGACUUGAGGCCCUUUGUCACUGAAUCCCAACAGAUAAAAGUGAGCUAGCCUACUGUAACCCAAUGAUGUCACUGACACUAUUGUCCCAGGUUGGGUGGCAUAUGUAAACAAGUGUCGCAUUGAGAGGCAAUCUAGUGUGUCUUUACUUGACUUUGAAGCAUAAAUCUCCUGGGGUGCAAAAAGUACUUUAUCAGUAAACUCCCCAUGACUUUGAAAGGCUGUGUAGGACCCGCUGUCACCCUCUCUCAAGAGGCUAACCUGGGUUACUGGCUAUUAGAUCUACGCGCAACUGUAUGGUUUCCCCAUUCAUGAGGUGGGAGUGAUUUCAGGAAGUGCAUUUGGCCAUUGUGCCACCAGUUAAUAUUUCACGACUCUCAUAUGGCUAUUGUGUGUGCUUCUAAAAUAACCCACCAUCAGCAUUACCCCGUCUUCCCCCUUAAUCCCAGCACAUGGUUACAGUCAAGUAGCCUACAUAAAUCAGGCGCCACCGAUAGUGUACUUAGAACUAGGAACACAUGCACAUCAGACGGCCGCGGCUUGCUGCUAUUGCAGCAGGAGCAAUAGGAAUAGUCACUGGUCCGCGGGUAGUAAAAGGAGGGGAAUGGCUUGAAAUGAAACCAAAAAAGCAGAGAUGAUAAGUAUAUGACAGUUCUUGUUGCAAAUUGCUGCAGUGCUCUUUUUAUAGGUGUAGUGUAUUCUCAUUCGGAUUGACUAAACUGGGCAACCGAGCCUCAUGUCACAUGUGCUUCAUAGGAAGAAGCUGGGCAUCUGCAAGCUGGAUCUGGAGGAGGAUGCUGCGGCAAAUGAUACACAGAGGGCUCAAAGCUUCUUUCUACUGGCUGGGCUUAUUUGUUAGUAGGCAUCCGGUUUUUUUCCUCACCGUUCCCGCAGUCUUAACCAUAAUAUUCGGAUCUACCGUCCUGAGCAGAUUCAAGCCCGAAACGGACAUCGAGAUACUGGUUGCCCCGACACACAGCUUUGCUAAAGUAGAGCGGAGUCUUGCGAACAGCCUUUUCCCCAUUGACCAGUCAAAAAACAAGCUGUAUUCCGACCUGCACACCCCCGGCAGAUAUGGCAGACUGAUUCUGCUGGCCAAGUCUGGGGGAAAUAUACUGGAGCUAGCCGACCAGGUCCUGCAGGUUCACAAGCAGGUGCUGGAUUUGCGGGUUAAUUACAAGGGAUUCAAUUACACUUUCGCUCAUCUCUGUGUCCUGAGCCAUCAGGAUAAGCGAUGCCUCUUGGAUGAUAUAAUUACGAUAUUCGAAGAUAUCCGCUUAGCCAUUCUAUCGAAUCACACUUUUUCAAAGGUGCCCGUGACCUAUCCAAAUACCACAUUAAAGGAUGGUCGUGUGUCCUUCAUUGGCCACCAGCUGGGUGGAGUGGCCUUCUCGCCCAACAGCCGAGACCAGCAGGUGAAGUUUGCCCGGGCCAUCCAGAUCACCUACUACCUUCGCAACCAUGGCCCCGUGGUGCAGGACGUCAUCGCAGAGAAGUGGGAGAAUGCCUUCUGCACCCUCAUCACACGCCUGUCCACGCUCAGCGAGGACCUGCACAUCCAGUCUCUCACCUCCUUCAGCCUGUGGAGGGACUUCCACCAGACGGGAGUGCUGGCCAAAGGGGAGGUGCUGGUCAGCCUAGUGCUCCUUCUGCUGGCGGCCACCAUCUCCAGCUCAAUGAGGGACUGCCUGAGGGGAAAGCCCUUCCUGGGUCUGCUGGGUGUGCUCACAAUAGCCAUCGCUAACGUGACCUCCGCUGGCAUCUUCUUCAUCUCCGACGGGAAGUUUAACUCCACGCUGCUGGGGAUCCCAUUCUUCUCCAUGGGUCAUGGAACCAAAGGAGUGUUUGAGCUCCUGGCGGGCUGGCGAAGAACUCGAGAAAGCCUUCCCUUCAAGGAACGCGUGGCAGACGCCUUCGCCGACGUGAUGGUGUGCUAUACCAUGACCAGUUCCCUCUAUAUCAUCACAUUUGGCAUGGGUGCCAGCCCCUUCACCAACAUUGAGUCGGUGAAGAUCUUCUGCCAGAGCAUGUGCGUGGCCGUCCUGGUCAACUACUUCUACGUGUUCUCCUUCUACGGUUCCUGCUUGGUGUUCGCUGGUCAGCUGGAGCAGAACCGCUACCACAGUGUGUUCUGCUGUAAGAUCCCCUCAGUGGAGUACCUGGACCGUCAGCCCACCUGGUUCAAGACCAUGAUGAGCGACGGCCAUGACCAUGUCACGCACCACGAGGUCGUGCCCUACCACAACCACUUCAUCCAGCACUUCCUGAGGGAGCACUACACGGAGUGGAUCACCAACACCUAUGUCAAGCCCUUCGUGGUCAUCCUCUACCUGAUCUACGCCUCCUUCUCCUUCAUGGGAUGUUUACAAAUCAGUGAUGGAUCCAACAUUGUCAACCUCCUAGCCAGCAACACGCCCAGUGUGUCCUAUGCCACGACUCAGCAGAAGUACUUCAGUAACUACAGCCCCGUGAUCGGCUUCUACAUCUAUGAGCCCAUCGAGUACUGGAACUCCACGGUGCAGGAGCACCUCACAACGCUGAGCCACGGCUUCAACAAGAUCUCCUGGAUGGAUAACUACUUUCAGUAUCUGAAGGUGGUGAAUGUGAGCGCCUCGACCAAAAGUGAUUUCAUCACCAUCCUGCAGGGCUCCUUCCUGCGCAGCCCGGAGUAUCAGCACUUCAUGGAGGACAUCAUUCUGUCCAAGACAGAUGGGGAUGAAAUGGAGAUCAUCGCGUCCAGGAUGUACCUGGUGGCGCGGACCACGGAGAAGACACGGGAGGAGGUGGUGGAACUGCUGGAGAGGCUCCGCCCCCUUUCGCUCAUCAACAACAUCAAGUUCAUCGUCUUCAACCCCACCUUCGUCUACAUGGACCGUUACAGCUCCUCCGUGGUCUCACCCAUCCUCACAUCGGCCUUCAGCGUGCUCACCAUCCUCAUCCUCACCUUCUUCCUGGUCAUCAACCCUCUGGGGAACUUCUGGUUGAUCCUGACCGUCACCUCCGUAGAGCUGGGGGUCCUGGGCCUCAUGACCCUCUGGAAUGUACACAUGGACAGCAUCUCUAUCCUGUGCCUUAUUUAUACUCUCAACUUUGCCAUGGAUCACUGUGCACCCCACCUGUACACCUUCGUACUGGCCACGGAGCACACCAGGACCCAGUGCAUUAAGAUCUCGUUAGAGGAGCACGGGGCGGCCAUUUUGCAAAACGCCUGCUGUUUCGUUAUCGGGAUGUUGCCCUUGGUGUUUGUGCCUUCCAAUCUGACCUACACGCUGUUCAAGUGCUCCCUCCUCACCGCAGGCUGCACAGUGCUGCACUGUUUUGUCAUCCUGCCUGUGUUUCUAACGUUUUUUCCCCCAUCAAAAAAAAGGCACAAGAAGAAAAAACGGGCAAAACGGAAAGAGCGGGAGAGGGAGCGGGAGAUGAUGGAGAGGGAGAGAGUGAGGGAGAGGGAGGAGAUAGAGUGCAUUGAAGUCAGGGAGAACCCUGAUCAUGUGACUAACGUCUGAGAAGCCGUGUGUCGGUGAGCGGCAGCGGGACAGUCUUCAGUGAUUGUUGGGUGAGGUGUUGGAAGCAUGUCCUAAAGCGAGGGUGGCCAUGUGUUGUAGCCCCUCAAAGGGCCAGAGGGGUCCUCAGAAGGACCAGUCCUCAGAAGGAGGAGGGAGGGAGGGAGAUAUAGACCAGCAGCCAUGACCCAGCUAGACAGCCAGCAGCCAUGCUGUCUAGAGUAGAGACCAGACCAGAUCAGACCCAUAGAUCAGCUACUCCUUCAGACUGGAUGGGACAGUGUAUCUUAUCUGCACAGUCUGCAAACGGUUCCCUCUGCUGUUCAUACAGACACUCUCACACAACCAGGAAGAAACUACAAUAUCAUACAUUUACUUACAGUGUAAUGUGUAAGGGGAUAAUAUAUCUUAUUCUAACAAUUGUAAAUCUACAGUAUCGUGAGGAAAGUAUGGUAGCAUAAGAAUGAUAGCAAUGUCUACCUCCAGGAUGGUGGUCAAAGUUAUCUAAAUUGUUUUCUACAAUUUGUCAUAUUAAAUAUUUUUACCAUCUACACAGGCUUAUACUACCCCCAUCACAAAGACCCCAUUAUAGUAUGAUUAGUAUGACAGACAGACAGACAGACAGACAGACAGACAGACAGACAGACAGACAGACAGACAGACAGACAGACAGACAGACAGAAGGAUGUAUACAUUUGAAUUUGUUUGAGAGUACACAGAAAUAAAGCAUACCCACAGUAGAUUCCAUUCUUUCUUUCCGGUAAACACCCGAGCGAACAGCUGAACUGGGCAGAUGGCGUACACUGUGUCCAUUAUGAAGAAUUAUCCUGCACAUUGCAUUGUGUGGAUACAAUUGUCAAGGUUAAUUUUACAGGAAGACAGAUAUAUCUGCUUUAUUUCCAUUCUCACAUCUGUUCUUAGCCAACAAUUAGAGUAGAACUGCAGCAAGGUACAUAAUCUAGGGCUUCAUUCAGUCUGUAUCCCUGAAGUGUUACAGAUUGCACCAUAGAAAUGUAAAGGUCAUUUCAGACUGAGCUGACAUAUGCAGCGUUUUAUUGUGAAUGCAGUCUCCGCUAACGCGGUAACAUUGACUUUCAAUUCCAAUCACGCUGUAACUUCUGCGAUACGGAUUGAACAGAUCCCUUAAUAGAGUUAGGCGUGUUCAGGAAAUCAUAGCAGAUGGCUUAACUAGGAGGGAAAAGGUAACUCUGAACUAGUAAAACCAAAAGGAGGAAGUACUGCAGAGGUUGAAGAUCAUACUGCCUUUUUAACUGGGCUAAGAUAUGAGGUGUCUCGAGACAUCAUCUGAACAUCGUAGUUGGCAAGGCAUCUUCACUGUUUAACACGUUUCAGUGUCCCAUGAUUAAGAGGUGAUUAUGGAUCAUCAUGAACAAAAUAAAUGAUUGGGUGGGUUGGACACGACAGGUCACAAUUUAAUCAGAGAUACAUUGUUUCUUUUUGUUUGUGUGAAAGACUGUGGUGCCAAAUAAUUAGAGCGGGGAAAAAAAUAUGGGUGCCGAUUUGGUGGUACAUGUGGAUAUUCUGUCAAAUCAAAUCAUGAUGUAAAAGACAUCCUAUUGGUUCAAACCUCAAAGUAAUGCCAUACAUCACAAUGAUGCGUGUUUAAACAACCGUUGGUGAUGUAUAUUAGCAUUCCAAUGGCUUUCAUGGACCAUUGCUUGAUCUACUUUAGAAAUCUCCAGAGAACAUCAAUAUUCUCCUCUAGUAGCCUCUCUGCUAUCCAGAAUGGCCAGAGUGGAGUCCCUCUCCCCGUCGGAAAGCCAAGCGCAUUAUCAAGCUAAGUCUGAUGAUGCUGGAUAAGAUCUCUGUAAGGGCAGACACUCUCAAGGUCAGAAUGCAGGAGAUAGUCAUCACUGACCUCUGAUACGUCACCUUAGGGUGGUUUGUGGCAUGUAACAGAAUGCCUCUCAUGUAAAAGGAUGUGGCUGUCCGUAGGUUAUUCUUAAUUGAACGUUAUGACCUUGAGAGAGCAUUGCUGUCUUUAUAUGCUGCUUGAAAGGGACAAAGUACCUCUCAAAAAAGGCAAUAAAAGCUAUGAGGGCAGCUGAAGCAACUUUAUGUGUGUUUGGACCAACAGUUAGAGAAGCUUGCAGGAGUAAAAUGGUCAGUACAAUUAACCAUCUUGAAAGCAACAUAUUGAAGUAAAGAAGCGAAAAGCAGUUUCUGCUUCUGUAUGAAACAGUAGAUCGCUAGUUAUCAAGAUAAUGCCUUUACCUGCUCAUGGGCUUUCACACUCCUCCUUUAGUAAAAUAAAUGGGAUGAAAAGGGUUCUCUCCCUCAUGCAAGAAAUCACCCUCCUCACAAAAGACUAAUGACGGCCAUUUUGUCUGAAAGUUAGCAAUGAAUGAAUCUCUCACGUAAAAAAAUAAUGACAAGGUAAAUCCCUAAUUUCAUUCUCAAAUCUCUUAUCCGUGGUGAUGAUUAAUCCUAAGCGUUAAAGCCUAAAUAGCAAGAGAGAAUCUCAUAACUUUAACCAGACAUAGUUACUCCAAAGUGAUGGGUAUAGGCUAGCUACAAAACCUGCAACUGUUGGUGUCACUGCAUUUUUGUAAAAGCCAUGUCAUGUAUGUAUAGUAAGAAGGUUUGAACAUUUAAUACAAAGGGGACAAAUGCCAAUUGAAAUCAUUGACUUCCCAAAAUGACUGUGUACGCAUGGCACUGUAAUGUAUUGACGCAUGUAUUUGAUUUCUGUAUAUUUAGUCUGUGUAUCCUUAUUUUGCAACGCUGUGUGAACCCAUGUUUGUUGUUUAAAUGCAUAUUCUAUAACAUUUUGUGCAACAAAGUAACAAAAUGUCCUUUAUGUUCAACAAAACAGAAGCCAGAGGAUCACAUGUGUAAUAUAACUGUAUAUGAUUUUUUUUUUAAAGAUUUUCUAUAAAAAAAACUCUAUGAUAUUAGAUUUUUUUAAAGCUGAAAUGUUCUUAUAAAAAAGCAAUAAAGGAAAAAAGGGUUGAACACAGUAGGCCAGUAAUCAACUGCAGAAUGUCAACAGUAAACUGAGUAGAUCAACUUGUUGCACCUCCAGUGGACCUAAAUGUUUGUGGUGCAUCAACAAAUGUGAUACGUUCUCUAUGGGGAGACUGUGGAUUCUGCUUGUUUUCCUUCUUUAUUUCGUUCAUUCCUCACUACUUGGCCAUUAUAUUACAGGGAGAUAUUACAGCCUCUUUUUACUACACUGCAAUUUUGUUUAGCUUGGUUGUGGUUAUUUUCUUUCUAUCAGAAUAGUAUGCAAAACAACUGAGCUAAAAGGUUUGCUGUGCUGUUAUGACCCAUACUUACAUAACUACUUUUUAAUUUUCAGAUUACAAUAUCAUUAUACAUGAUCCAUGAACAUGCUUAACCCUCCAAUAACUUUCAAUGUUUUUUUGCUAGACACUCAUGAUACAGGAUAGUCAAUUCAUCUUUUGAAGUACUCAGCUUGCUGUACUUGCUGUAUACAAGCCAUCUCUGACGAAGCUAUAUUUAAUGCUGUCUUUCUGAGUCUAGUAUGUGUUCUAACGUGCGAUUGACCAUCACUUGUCUAACACUUCACUGUCUGCUCCACUGAGAAAGUCAUUACCUCCUCCAGUGUUUCAUUUACCAAACCCCUUGCUCAUGGUUUUGUCUAACUCUUAAAUCAGGCUGUCUAAUGCAGUGAUCUGUUGAUGCUUAUUGUAUGUGUGGUAGGUUGUAAUUUUGUCAGUGAGUCUGAGUGUCAACUCACUGUUCAGAUCAGAACAUGGUCAUUGAUUGAUGACAUCAGUGAUGAGGUCAUUGUCUGAGGUUUGGUAUUGAUGUGGUGUCUGAUGCUCUGUGUGUGAAUAUAAAAACCCAAACA